CACAUAUUCGGGAAUCCAACCAGAUAACUAUCUUUGCAACACCGUGGCUGAUGGAAUAACACAGUUGUAUCGAUACGCCAAGGGUAUUACCCCUGUCGCAUCAACUGCUCUGCUUCAACUUCCAGGAUAUCGGAUGUCGUCCAUAGUUACUGCUAUUGAACUUAACCACACGGUUGCCUUUAUCGGAACAUCGAGUGGUGAUCUUCUCAAGGUUCAUUUGGACAACAACGUCACGGGUCGCGUUUAUGAACGGGUUGCCGUGGAUUCCAGUCCUGUUCUUCGAGACAUAAAACUUGACAAUCAGACAGAUCAGCUCUAUCUUCUCACGGAACAAAAAUUGCUAAAACUCAGAGUGGAGAACUGUAGCCAGUAUACAACUUGUGACGAUUGCAUUGGGACUGCAGCAGGACAAGAUGGCGACCCUUACUGUGGCUGGUGCUCGUUGGAAAGAAAAUGCACACGAUACAGCGCAUGUCACCUACCGGACCUGUCAACGAGAUGGCUCGCAUACGACGCUGAGCAGUGUUUGGAGAUAAUCGACGUGGAAAACAGCCUCCCCUUAAGUAUGACAGAAAAGAAGAUCAGCUUGAUAGUUCAACAGCUACCGGACCUCUGUCCAGGACAAUCCUACGAGUGUCAUUUUGGUUCUUACGUAAGCAUGGCAGUGAAGACCGGGAACGUCUUGGCAUGUACAACGCCCCCAGUUGAUGAGAUACCCUCUGUCAAACAGGACGAAGAUGCCACAACUGUUCAGCUGUCGAUCUAUUCUACAGAAACAGCCAUCAACUUUGUGGAUGUGCCAUUUCAUUUCUAUGAAUGCUCCAGCCAUACUUCCUGCGUGUCUUGUGUAGGAAGCAACUGGACAUGUGAUUGGUGUGUUUUUGAAAAGAGAUGCACGCAUGAUAACUCUUCCUGCAUGCGAGCAGAUGAAGUUGUUAUAACUGGCGACAAUAAUCCUCGUAUGUCAUCUACCAAAGGACCAGGCUUUUGUCCACAGCUUCAGGCGCAGGAGGGGGAAGUAUUGAUUCCAGUAGGAGUGAAAAGUUCAAUCACCUUCCAAACUGCAAAUCUGCCGAACCCAGCACAGAUUUUUUCAUACGCAUGCCGUCUUCGUGUGGAGGGCGGGGACAUGGUGGCUAACGCAAGGCGGCUAAACGACACCGUAACUUGUGAAGAAAGAACAUAUUCAUACACAGGUGAAGAACGCGAAGUGGACACCUUCUUGGUUUUAGAAUGGGUGGAUUUGUCGAAUCAACGUCACGUUGUGAAUGAUGUUCAUGGUUACAUAGUGACACUCUACGACUGUUCCAUCAUUGGUCCUGACUGUAGUCGCUGCGUCACAGCAAAUUCAGAACUUUACUGUUUGUGGUGUGGAAGCACCUGUACCUUCGAUGCCCAAUGUGAUUUAUCUGCAGAAAUUACUUUACCACAUAAUGGCCACAACUGCCCAGACCCUGUGCUUACUGGAGUCAACCCACGAUCUGGACCGAUUGAAGGUAACACAGUCAUCGCUGUGUUCGGUACAGACUUAGGCCGAAGGUUCGAAGAUAUUGAUACCGUGAUGGUUGGGAAUCAACCAUGUGAUGUUGCAGGAUUCGCAAGCCUUUACUCAACAGGAGGAAGCAUUUCCUGUCUAACACCGCCUGGAUCAGAAGGUCCUGCCCUCGUCACAUUAUCCAUCACGGGAGCCAAUGGAACAUUGCAAUCGUCCAUGGGUACUGUGACCUUCGCUUAUACGGACCCUCAAAUUUCCAACUUUGUUCCAAUCGUUGGACCAGAAGCAGGAGGAACGGUAGUGACAAUAAGCGGGUUUAAUCUACAAACUGGAAACACGAUCGAGGCAUAUUUUGGAAAUAGUCAGUGUGUAAUUGUCAGCGUCCAAGACGACUCCCUUCAGUGUAGAACAUCGCCCUCAACGGCAGGAAACGCCGACGUUCUGAGACUGAGCUUUGACGGUGCCCACAGAACCUCAACGUCACGGUUUUCCUUCGUCUCCAAUCCCCAGAUCACAAAAGUCUCACCGCUAGCCAGCAUUCAAGCAGGAGGAAGAAAUCUUUCAGUGACUGGGAAAGACUUUAACAUCAUACAAACACUAAAGAUAGUGGUCUACUGUCCUGCCAAUAACAGUCUGUUACAGUUUGAAGAGCAAUGUCGACGGAAUUCGGACACGAGUUUGACAUGUCCUUCUCCAGACAUCCGGCCGUACAGAUGUAACGCGGGAACUUUCGGAUUCAUCAUGGACAGUGUAACCGAGCUGCUCACGUGGUCCGAGCGGAAUGACGUCACUCUAGAAUAUUUCCCAGAUCCUGUAUACUUCCCAUUUGAUGGGGAAGGAUACGAUGUCAUGGCCAUUGGAUAUCUCAUGAAAAUCCAUGGAAAAGGCAUAGACUCUGCAGUCACAGCCAAAGAAAUCGUCGUCACGGUAGGAAGUGAAAGAUGUGAAGUCAGCGUGAUUGGUGACAACAUUCUCGUUUGUAAGCUGCCCAAAAUUCAACCCACCAGUCUCGAUGGAAGCUAUUAUCCCGCUGCUGUGGUUCAUCAUGGUAAUUUGAUUUUCAAUUUGGGGAAAGUGAUUUAUGGUCACCGAGCAGAUCUCAUCGCCAUCCUCGUACCCAGUGUUAUUAUCCCGCUUUCUAUGGCAAUAUUGCUGGCCGCUUGUCUCAUGUAUUGUAGGCAAAUGCGCCGAAAGCGGAAUUUCGAACAGCAACUCAUGGAGAGACUAUUGGAAUUUCAUCACGCGAUUUCUAGUGCCAACAAACAAAUUUUGGAUGGAUCUGAAGGACGCACAUGCACACUGCCAACCUCCAAACAAAAGCGCAUCGUUCUGAACCGCAGGAUCAGUUUUGUUCCAAGCGACGUCCUCAUUGAUUACACCAGACUAGAAUUUGGGAAGACACUUGGACAAGGUGCCUUUGGACGGGUGUUGAGGGCUGUCUUACACAACACGGAGCAAGAAGAUAACAUUGUGGCUGUCAAAACAGUGCAAGACACCUCGGACUCAAAACUCGUCAUGAAAUUUUUGGAGGAAGGUCUGAUCAUGAAGAGAUUCGACCAUGUGAAUGUGAUGGGGCUUCUUGGGUUGACCUUUGACCCGGAUGACAACCCUAUGCUGGUUCUACCCUUCAUGGCAAAUGGUGACCUGAAGACGUUUAUGAUCAGGAAGAAAAAGCCCCUGCCAACAUCUCUCCUUCUGAGGUUUGCUUCGCAUGUCGCACUCGGUAUGGCUUACUUAGCUUAACACAAGUUUGUCCACAGAGAUCUUGCGGCCAGGAAUUGCAUGGUGAAUGGUGACCUUUUGGUAAAGAUAGCCGAUUUUGGACUGUCACGUGACUUGAAAGAAUUGGACUACUACACCAGUGACGAUGCCCUGGCUAAGCUGCCUAUCAAGUGGAUGGCUCCUGAGUGUAUGGAACGGAAGGUUUACAAUGCAAGGACUGAUGUGUGGUCGUACGGUGUGGUCUUGUGGGAAAUUUUCAGCCAGGGCGUGAGCCCUUAUCCCGGACUAGCCAACAGGGACGUAUAUGAUUUCUUGAAGACCGGUCAACGCAUGUACGCCCCCGUGAACUGCCCGCCAACGAUCUAUGGGAUAAUGCAACGCUGCUGGCUAGACAACCCCAAAUCACGCUGCACCUUCACUCAAAUUGUCAGCGAGGUGGAAGGCCUGUUGGCGGGAAAUCUUGACAACCUUCCGGAGUCUAAAGUGGGCAGCGUGAGGAAGGGACGGGCUGAACGACGCGGAAGGCCCGAUCCCAGGCGCGAGAGCUACCUGGUGCCCAUGCAGAUGGAAACGGCCUUUGGUGCAGACGGCCCGUACAGCGACGACGAAAACAAUGUGACUGGCCGUGGUGGUGGUCGGGAUUACAUGAACAAAAGUGUCUUCAGAUAACUUUUGAUCUUCUGCAAGCGGUGAAAACAUUUUUUUGAAUGGAGCACAAUAAUCAUAACUAAUGGGGUGACCUAGCAAUGGUGUAACUGGAAGUCCAUAUUUUCAUCAGCUCUUUUAUUUUCAGCAUGGGACAUAGAGGAGCAUAGCUUUCGAAUGAGUUUUUGUGGCACACUGGGAGCCAUUUCGACAUUUGAAGCUUUUCAUGGUAUAUGAUUGAUUCAUACCGGUGUGCCAGUAAAACACUGUUCAAGCGUGAAGACGAGAGCACUGUACUCUCUAAUUCAGGCAAUGUGCACAGCUGUCAUGUUCCAUUGCAUUGAUCCUACCGUGACUUCCUUCUACAUGGCAGUGCACCAGCUUAACAGCGAACUACUAGGUCUUGACAGACACGUUCACGGCCAUGGCUUAAACAUACUUAUUGUUUCACACCAGACGCAUUGUGGCAAGCAGUGGCCGUAUUGAAAAUCGUGCCCGAUUCAAAUGGGGCCAGCUGAGAAGGAAAACGACUAGUUUUAGCCAAGGGUUCAUUAUUGAAAAAUAAAAUCGACCUGCUUUGUUAAGUGGUUAAACCUUUCAAAAAGUUAUCUGGUCAUGUUUCCACUAGACAAUUGCAACAAUACAUAGGUAGUUGAUUUGGUGUCGAAUGAUGCAUGAUGAUGAAUGAUCUGUGUAAUUUUUGAUAUUUGUAAAGAGAAUUUUCUCAAAGUAAUGUUUAAUGAGCUUUUAAGUUGCUUCUAUGCAAGAUUUAAUAAUAGGGCUGUCAUAUUGAGUAUUGAAGUUUUUAUAUUCAAAUAAUUAAGACUGAAGUACAAACAAUAAUUAAAAACACCACUGAAAUUGACUGCAUUUCCUGUUUAAUGCAUGUAAACAAGUACAGAUUGCAUAAUAUACAAGAAAGUAGUUAUAAUUUUAUGUCCAGUAAGUCGAGUGGCAUUUUCUUUCAAGAAUCAGACGUACUUCAUUGCAUGCAGAUAAAGGUAGCACUACUUUCAUAUACACUUCACUGACGUAUUUUUCUGAAUAUCGCCUACCCAGAGUUCCACUCGAGUUAUUGAAAUGGAGAUAUCCAAAUGUCAUUGUGUUUGUUGCAGUGGACUUCCUUCUUGUACCGUAAAAACAUCAUUAAAAGCUAGCUGUCGUCAUUGUUGAGUUUUCCUGUGAUUUUUACGGGCCUAGAGAAACGCCGAACAAUCGUGUGUCAUCAAACUCUUAUUAAAGUGCAUUUAACUUUAUGUGGUUCUUUCGUCUUCAUUGUGGCACGUGUGGCAUUGAGGAUGUUGAGUGGGGUAUAGCUGCGGAGGAUGUCGACCAAAGAUGUCCAACGCCCAGGGUCCUAGAAAAGAUUGUAAUCUAUAGUGACACGAUUGCCGCUCUUUGUUCACUUCAGCCAAUUAAGCCUAGUAUUGAAUCAAGAAUUAGUGUGGUACUUUGCAGUAAAAGUGAACUUGAAUCUGAGUUCCAACGAUAUAAUUUAUGGCGUUUUACGUGUUUGAUCGAACUAAGCAAUUACUGUAAUGAAAAGGGUUAAGUUUCUCCGAGGUUAAAAUUGAACCCUAGUGAGGGUGAAAAUUGUAGCUACCAACAAUUGAGUCUUAUCAACCCUAUCACGGGUGUUGUGUUGGAUUGAGUCAAUAUUAUUAGUGAAUUUGAAUAUUAAAACGUGUGUAUGUGCAAAGCAAAAUUUAUCGUGAAAAACAAACGGUAGUUAACGUAUUAACGUAUAUUAUUUGUAGUGGACAACCAUUUGUUAUGAAGGAAGUAGUUUUUGAGUAAUAUCUGCCUUUUUCUCGCUUGCCUUGAAUUGUCUCAAAAUAUGCUUAAAUAAAUGAAUAACAGCUUAAUUGCAAA